UCCCGUGGCUCGCGGGCUCUGAGUCGUGUGCCCGUGGCGGAGAGAACGCGGGUCCCGGAGCGCCGGCGCCCCGUCCGUCCUGCGCCAGCGUGUCCCGCACGUCGGGAGGCAGAGGCGGACAUGGAGCCGCAGAGGCCACCCUUGUUGGAAGUGAAGGGGAACUCAGAGCUGAAGACACCAUUGGUCAAAGCCUCCUCCCGGCUGCCUCUCCCAGGAAGCAGGCUCAAGAGGGGCCCUGACCAAAUGGAGAAUGCCUUGGAGCCUGCAAAGAAACGAACACGAGGCCUGGGUGCAGUGACCAAAACUGACACAUCCCGUCCCAGAGUACCACCCCUGUCCACCGUGUCACAGACACAUGGCCAGACUACAGGUGCAGCUCAGAAAGUCCCCAAGAAGACAGGACCUCGUUGUUCCACAGCUGCUACUGCAGUGCUGAAGAGCCAGAAGCCAGCCCCUGCCGUUCCUGCCCAGAAGCCCGGCACCUCAGCUGCUCCUCCUCCCGUGGUGACAGGGAAGAAACCCGGCAAACGUCCUGCCUGGGACUUAAAGGGUCAGUUAUGUGACCUAACCGCUGAGCUGAAGCGCUGUCGCGAGAAGACGCAAACCCUGAACCAGGAGAACCAGCAGCUGCGGGAGCAGCUCCGGGAGGCGCAGGAGCAGGCGGCGGCCCUGGGCGCAGCGCGCAGCUCUCUGGAAGGGGAGCUGGGCAGCGUGCGCGCGCAGGCCGAGCAAGGCCGCCAGGAGCUGGAGAGUCUCAGCGCCCGGGUCUUGGAGCUGGAGGACCGGCUAGGCACACAGGAGGGCCUGGUUCAAGAGCUCCAGAAAGAACAGUCGGAAUUACAGGAGGAACGGAGGGCCCUGGCCGCGCGGCUGGAGGAGCAGGAGAGGAGGCUGCAGGUAUCAGAAGCAUCUCUGUCGAGCAGCCAAGCUGAGGUGGUAUCCCUGCGACAGGAGACUGCAGCCCAGGCAGCUUUACUGGCUGAGCGGGGAGACCGGCUCCACGGGCUAGAGAUGGAGCGUCGGCGACUGCACAACCAGCUUCAGGAGCUCAAGGGCAAUAUCCGAGUAUUCUGCCGGGUUCGCCCUGUCCUGGCAGGAGAGCCCACUCCAUCCCCUGGCUUCCUUUUGUUUCCCCCUGGCCCUGCUGGGUCCUCUGAUCCUCCAGUCCGCCUUAGCCUCUCGCGAUCUGAUGAUCGGCGUGGGACCCUAAGUGGAUUGCCAGCCCCCCCUACUCGCCAUGAUUUCUCUUUUGAUCGGGUGUUCCCGCCAGGAAGCAGGCAGGAUGAAGUGUUUGAGGAGAUCGCCAUGCUCGUCCAGUCAGCCUUGGACGGCUACCCUGUUUGCAUCUUUGCCUAUGGCCAGACGGGCAGUGGCAAGACAUUCACAAUGGAGGGUGGGCCUGGGGGAGACCCCCAGCUGGAGGGGCUGAUCCCUCGGGCCCUGCGGCACCUCUUCUCUGUGGCUCAGGAGAUGAGUGGCCAGGGCUGGACCUACAGCUUUGUGGCUAGCUAUGUAGAGAUCUACAAUGAGACUGUCCGAGACCUGCUGGCCACUGGGACCCGGAAGGGCCAAGGAGGCGAGUGCGAGAUUCGCCGGGCAGGACCGGGCAGUGAGGAGCUGACUGUGACCAAUGCAAGAUAUGUCCCAGUGUCUUGUGAGAAAGAGGUGGAGGCCUUGCUGCAUUUGGCUCGCCAGAAUCGGGCCGUGGCCCGCACAGCCCAGAACGAGCGGUCAUCUCGCAGCCACAGUGUGUUCCAGCUGCAGAUCUCUGGGGAGCAUGCUGCUAGGGGCCUGCAGUGUGGGGCCCCCCUCAAUCUUGUGGACCUGGCUGGAAGUGAGAGACUAGAUCCUGGCCUAGCCCUGGGCCCUGGAGAGCGGGAUCGUCUUAGGGAGACACAGGCCAUUAACAGCAGUUUGUCUACGCUGGGACUGGUGAUCAUGGCCUUGAGCAACAAGGAGCCUCAUGUGCCUUACCGGAACAGCAAACUUACCUACCUGCUGCAGAAUUCUCUGGGUGGCAGUGCUAAGAUGCUCAUGUUUGUGAACAUUUCCCCCCUGGAGGAGAACGUCUCCGAGUCACUCAACUCUCUACGCUUUGCUUCCAAGGUGAACCAGUGUGUCAUUGGUACUGCCCAGGCCAACAAGAAAUGAAGAGGGAUGAAAGCUCACUUUUCCUGUUUAUAAGGGGGAGGGGGGAGGGAUGCUUUACUGGACGGAGAGCAUAUGUACCCAGGCUUAUCAAAUAAAGUAUUUUGAAAUAAAGGUUUUAUUCGUAGCUGCCA